AAAAUAUUGUUAUGAGUAGGAGACUAUAUAUACUAGGUAUCUGACUGGAAAACGUACUUGUCAGAAUAGUUUUGCUGGAUUAAUUUGCUCUAUUGAGCUUUUUCAACAUUUGAUGUGAUGUCAGCUAUGAACAGCACGGACACAACGACUUUGCCACUAAGCACUCGUGUUACUCUAGCAUUUUUAAUGGGUUUACUAGCUUUUGCUAUAAUGCUAGGAAAUGCUGUGGUUAUUCUAGCUUUUGUGGUGGACAAAAAGCUUAGGCAUCGAAGUAAUUACUUUUUUCUUAACCUGGCCAUUGCUGACUUCUUUGUUGGUAUGAUCUCCAUUCCUUUGUACAUCCCUCACACGCUGUUUGAUUGGGACUUUGGAAAUGGGCUCUGUGCAUUUUGGCUCAUUGUUGACUAUCUUUUGUGUACAGCGUCUGUUUAUAACAUUGUUCUCAUCAGCUAUGAUCGAUACCAGUCAGUCUCAAAUGCUGUAUCUUACAGAGCUCAACACAUUGGGAUCUUGAAGAUCGUGGCUCUGAUGGUGGCUGUCUGGGUGCUGGCCUUCUUAGUGCAUGGGCCAAUAAUUCUGAUUUCAGAGUCUUGGAAGAAUUCCAGUUUGAGAGUCUUGGAGGAGAAAGGUUGCGAACCUGGAUUUUUUACCAUAUGGUACAUCCUCGCCAUCUCGUCAUUCUUUGAAUUCCUGGUCCCAGUCUUCGCAGUGGCCUAUUUCAACAUAUACAUUUACUGGAGCCUGUGGAAGCGUGGCAAUCUCAGUCGGUGGCAAAGCCAGCCCACACUCACUUCUCCUGUCUCUCCCAGUAACUGUGGGUCCUCACUCAGGGGUGGACUGUUUUCAAGAACAUCUCUUCCUGAGCUGAAGGAAACUGCACCAUCUACUCCUUUGAAAAGGCAUGAAAGAAAGAGCAGUCUCUUGUUUUCUUUAAGAGCCCAGAUGAAUAGCAGUAUAAUUGCUUCCAAAAUGUCUUCCCUCGCCCAUUCUGAUUCCCUAUGUCUUCACCAAAAGGAACAUAUUGAACUGCUCAGAGCCAGGAAAUUAGCCAAGUCACUGGCCAUUCUCUUAGGUGUUUUUGCCUUUUGCUGGGCUCCCUAUUCGCUGUUCACAAUCAUUCGUUCAAUUUACCCCCUAGAUCAGCAUCCUCAAAUAGUUGGGUACGAAAUCACAUUUUGGCUUCAAUGGCUCAAUUCCUUUGUCAAUCCUUUUCUGUAUCCGUUGUGCCACAGGCAUUUCCAGAAGGCUUUCUUGAAAAUAUUUAGUAUGAAAAAGCAACCCAUAUCAUCACAAAAUCGGUCAGUGUCCACUUAAAGAUAAUUUUAUCCUUUACAAAAAUUUUAGUCUUAAUCUCAUCUACGUGAAUUUGACCUGACUUUCAUUUUGCCCUUUCCACUCUACCAGGAAAGUCCAUAAAAUUCUAACAUGUGAGAACUAAAAAAACGAAACAAAACACUGGAGCCUGGAAGUCAAGGGAAAAAUUAUCCCAGUGAAUAAUAAUAGUACAAUUAGAAAUAGAUGACAAUGUUUUCGUUAACUCAUAGCCACAAAUGCACUGUACUUUUCUUACUCAUUGCCUCGUCCUUGUCUUUUAGAUCAUGAUAUAGCAUUGAUGGUGAAAGUUGAGAGUUCUUGUUUUCUAUGUUCAGUCUUUGCUAUAGCCUUAAGUGAAUUUCCCUUUUUAUUUUAUAGUGAUGAAAAAUUGUCAAGUUUUAAAGCCAUUUUUCCUAAAGUAUACAAUAGAAAAGGAGGCUAUAUUGCCGUCUUUGCUGGAUGUGGACAACUCUGUUAUGAUCAGUGGGCAAGGCGUGUUGGGGUUUCAGUUGUCAGAAGCAGGGAGCGACGAGGGUGUGCCCAGAUGGAAAAGUGGAAGGCAUGUGUACUUCCGGACUCUAUGUUCCUGAUCCCAGGGAAGAAGGGAGUGUGGGGAGGGAAGAGCAGGUAACUGCAGCUCUUAAAAGUCCUCAGUGCUGUUAUCUGGAAGGCUCGGCAAUCACAGGAUGAGAGAGUAAGGGACAGACAAGAUCACCAUUCAGUUGAAAGGGUGGCUUUCCCUUUUUCCUUCCUGCUCUCUUCUUCCAACUUUUAUGUGGUCUAAAACCUCUGUGAGAAAAUACGGAAGAAAGAGAAAGGCUAAGAGACAGCAGAAGGAAAAAAAAAAAAAAAAGAGACAGCAGAAGGACUAUGGGAUUAAACCUGAUGUACCUGGUAUAACAUUCACAGAACUAGUGGAUGUCAAUAAUUAUUAAUAUACUUCUGUUUUUAUUUGAUGCCUUUAACUUGUGUGCCGCACUCAGAAUAAUUCCUUUAUAUGCAGUUAGUGUAGGUUGUAUCUUGCUGAUGAGUCACAUUUUCUUAGACUGGUGACAUUAUGUUCUUUUUGUCAUUAUCAAUUUUUCUUCUUCCUCGUCAUCCUCUUCUUCUCCCCCUCCUCCUUCUUCUCGUGUUCUUUGCCUGUCUUUGUCAUAACAUUUCAUUUUGAUUUUGGUUAAUUUCAUCUUUCUAUAAGGUUUUAUUAAUGUUUCUUUGUCACUCCUCAGAGUUCCUAUAGUUUAGUCAUUUUCAUAUUUCUUAGACCUUUGAAAUCUUGGUUAAAUUCAAACACUAAAAUAUGAAAAUCCUUUAAGUACAUAAGUGAUUAGACAUGCCCCUAAUUUUUACAUAUACACAUGCUUUGCAUUAAGUCCAAAAUAGGAGAUACAUGUUUAACAUUCAAUAGUGAUCUUGAAAACUCGAGAAAUAAACCCUCAUAAAUAUGCAAGUUUUUAUAAAGUUGCUUGUCAGUUAUUGUUUUUGACAUUUAUAAAUUAGUAGUUGUGGAUUUCAUAGGAUCACUGGGGGAUCGAAUGUUCAUUGAAUGGUGUGGCUCCAUGAAAACUUUUUCUGAUUGAACCCUAGUGGAAACAUGCCUAAAUAUUCAUAUGUAUUUUCUAAAAUAUAGAAAAUAUAAUAUCUAUUGUAUUUCAUUCAAAGAUGUCAUCCGUGUAAAACAUACUGUUACUAUAUUUGUUGCUAUAAAAGAAAAUGCUGCAAAUUGUCUAUGAAACAAUACUUGAAAAAAAUCGCAUUGCUAUAAGUCCCAUCCUGAUUCCAGAGUUGUUGAAAGGUGAACAAAAUGUGUCUUGGAAGUGAUAACGUGUGAUACAUUUAUGAUGAAUGAACAGAACAAGGCAAAUCCACUGUGAAAUGAGAGUUUGAGUAAAUAAAUACUUUUGAUGGAACA